AAAAAAAAUUAUAAGCUGAAAAAUUCAGAAUUAUUUCCAAAAAAAAUACUGAACAAAAUUAAAAAGUUGUAAUAUAAAAAAUAGGACCAAGUGCAACCAUUUUCGUAAGCAGUAAAUGUUUUGAAAAUAAAACGCAAAAACCUAAAACGCAAAAACCUAAAACAAAAUUUUUUGAAAAUAAAAUGCAGAAACUUAAAGCAAAAAAUUCAAAAAUAUUAAAAGAAUUAUACUGAAAACAACAACAUAAAAAAUAAAUAUUCAAAAAAGCGAAAAAAUAUUGAAAAAAAAAAUAUAAAAAAAAUUUUUUUUUUUAAAUUAUUGAAAAAAAUAAGUGAAGCAACUUUAAAUUUUCAUAAAAGGUAAAAAAUAGUGUGGUAACACCGAAAAUACAGUGCAAACCAACACAUAUGUUUUUUGAAAUAUCAUUUACACGGUGAAUUUAAUUAUAAUUUCCGGGUACUUUUUUGUCACAAUUUAUGUAUAUUUAAAACUUUUCGAAAAAUACACAAAGUAUAACAAAACCAUUAUAUGGCAUAUAUAUUAUAUGGUAUGUAGAUACGAUUAUCGCACAUAUGUAUGAACAUCUGAGCAUAAAUUCGAAUAUAUGCAAGUGCUUAUAAAACAGUUUUGAAGGAAAUGUAAACUUGAAGUGCUGACAAUCAAACUGAUUUAUUAAAAGUUUUAUGUUAUUUUAUCACACAAUCAAAUGCUUUAAACGAGUGCAUCGAGUGCUUAGUGAGUAUUGAAUACAAAACAUAUGCCUCAUGAAGUGACAACAGUAAAACAAAAGCAAAUUCUCAUAAAACAUAAGCAGUGAAAGCUGCGGCGAAUGAAAACAAUAACAAGUCGAAUUGGAAAAGCUGCCGCGGCAAAACAACAAAAACAAAAGCGCAACGCAAAUAUAAGCAAGCGCGUAGAAUUAAGUGCAAGUGCGAACUAACUGUGUAUAAAAACUAAUUAAAAAUAAAAAAAUUAACAAAAAUUUAACAAUAAUUUGUAAAAAAUUAUAAAAAAUUAAGAAAAUCAAAAAAAAUUAUAAAUAAUUAUAAAAAUUAAAAAAAAAAUUAUGAAUAAUUAAAAAAAUUACAAAAAAUUUACUGCAAAAAAUUAAGGAAUUUUAAAAAUUUUACAAUAAUUUUAAAAUUUUGUAAAAAAUAUUUUCAAAUAUUAAAUAAAUUUGUGCAUAAUUCAAAAAGCUAGCGGAAAAGUGCAAUUCUAACUGUAAACGCGUCGUGUAAAUUAGUGUGAAGGCGGCAAGAUAUUAACAGACGUGCAAAAACGUAAUUUAAAAAUAAUUUUAAAAAUUAAAAAAUAUUAAAAAAAAGUAAAGUGUGAAAAAACAUAUUGUAACUAAAUCUCAGUACUUUGCAACAAUUUUAGCCGUGUUGCAAGUAAAUAUAAAGUGCGAAAAAAACUGUUACUGUGUUUAGAAAACUUACUAAACGCGUUGCAAGCAGCUGUGUAAGCAUUAAAAUAACAACAAAUACAACAAAACAACAGCAGGCAAUUGCAACAACAAUAAAAACGUGUGGCAAGUGCAUAACAAGUGUAAAUAUAACAAAAAAUAUUUUACAAAAAGUUUUAAAAAAUUACAAAAACUUCAUAAAUUUGAAAAACAAGUUUUUGAAAAUUUCAAAAAUUAAAAUUUAAUAAAAAAAAUUCAACAACAAAGUGAAAAAGUAAACUUAAUAAAAAAAUUCAACAACAAAGUGAAAAAAGUACACUGAAAAAGCAAAUUGAAGGCAAGAGCUGUAUAAAUAUACACAAAGUAAAGCAAAGUCAGCUGCAAGAGGCCUCAAGCGGUGUCGGAAGUAAAGAUUGCUACGAAAAGUCCAAGAAAAGCGCUUAUAAAUAGAAAAUUAGAGGUCUUAGGCGGCAUUUACUGCUCGAAGUAAGCCAAAUUUUGUUAGAAAAGUCGGGAGACUAAGUGAAAAGCAUAGAAAGCGCGAACAGGCGCAGCUUUAAGUGAAAGAAAGAGCUUUAAGCUCAAAAUAAGCACUAAAAAUAGCGCUCCACAGCAGCGCUUGCAUAGAGGGCUAGUGAGAAAAGCCGUGAAAACCAAAAUUUAAGCGAUCUAAGCAAGAAAAAGUGGAUGCAGAGCUAAAAAUUUAAAACCAAAUAAGCAGCGAGCUAAGCUUAGUGCGAAAAAGCGGCAAGGCAGAGCAGCAAAAGUGAAAGCGCACAACUUGUGACAAAGAAAAAAGCUUAAAUAAAGUUUUGAAGUGAAUUUUCGGGAGCUGCUAACCCAGUCAAAUCUAGCUGCCGAUUUGUAGGCGCCUGUCAGACUCCAAACCUCAAAAAGAGCCAGCAAAAACCCGCGCUCGGAAACCGUUGUACCACUUGCUACGCAAUAUUGCCGCAUUGCGUGUGGCUGGCAAUUGCCAAGUAGACGCGCUUUUUGCCUAUCCCCGCUGUUGCUGGAAAGUGUAAUGUAAUGAGAUACGACGUUCAAGAGUUGCUUCAUCAGUCUGCUGAGGAUCCAUUCGCCAGGUUUGCAAAUGGGAUGGCAUAUCAUCCAUUUCUGCAACUCUCCCGACCCACUGACUUCAGCGUGUCGUCGCUGUUGACGGCGGGCACACAGGCACAACAGGCUAGUAACGCCGCCGCCGCCGCAGCAGCUGCUGCAGCCGCAACCGCAGCAGCGGCCGGUGAUUUAGGUGCAGGCGGCGGUAAUACCGUCUUGAGCGCGGCCACCUCACCCGCACAGCCGCACCAGCAGCAAGCGCCACCAACUACACCCACCAGUGCGGCAGCACUCUUGCAACAACACCAACAGCAGCAACAGCAAUUGCAUUUGCAACAGCAACAGCACCAUCAACAGCAGUUGCUUUGCGGUGCCGGUCAAGCAUCACCGGUCGGUGGCCAACAGCCGCCACUCUUAUCGCCUGGCAAUAACAAUAAUAACAGUGUUGGCAGCAAAUCGGGCAGCAAUAAUAAUAGCAACAACAGCAACCGCAAUACACCCACCACAACUAAUAAUAAUAACAACAACAACGAUCCUCAAAGUAGCAACAAUAAUUUGUCGUCGCAACAGCCACUAGCUCAUCCAGCCGCGUCACAUUUGUCAUCGCCGCAUUUGUCGCCGCAUCGUCAACCGCCGCCGCAUCCGCACGCACAUCCCGCACAGCCGCCACCGCCAGCGCCACAGCAUCCACAUCACUCGCCGGUGCCCGGUCAUCACGCAUUGGGGCCACACCUGCCGCAACAGGCCUACUUUCCGGCGGCCGCAUUAGCUGCGCUCGCCGGCAGUCCGGCUGGUCCACAUCCCGGUCUAUAUCCGGCCGGUCUGCGUUUCCCGCCCCAUCAUCCGCACGCCCAUCACCCACUGGGCACACCCUACACCACCGCUGAGGACGUGGUGCUCGCAUCAGCUGUGGCGCAUCAAUUGCAUCCGGCGAUGAGACCGUUGCGUGCGCUACAACCCGAGGAUGACGGCGUCGUCGACGAUCCGAAGGUGACGCUGGAGGGCAAGGACUUGUGGGAGAAGUUCCACAAGCUCGGCACGGAGAUGGUGAUCACCAAAAGUGGACGGCAAAUGUUUCCUCAAAUGAAAUUUCGCGUUUCGGGUCUGGACGCCAAGGCGAAAUAUAUUUUGCUCUUGGACAUCGUAGCGGCGGACGAUUACCGUUACAAGUUUCACAACAGCCGCUGGAUGAUCGCCGGCAAAGCGGAUCCGGAAAUGCCAAAACGCAUGUACAUCCACCCCGAUUCGCCGACCACCGGCGAACAGUGGAUGCAGAAGGUCGUCUCAUUUCACAAAUUAAAAUUGACCAACAAUAUUAGUGAUAAACAUGGAUUUGUAAGUACUACGAUACUCAAUUCAAUGCAUAAAUACCAGCCACGUUUCCAUUUGGUGCGAGCCAAUGACAUACUCAAGCUGCCGUACUCAACAUUUCGGACGUAUGUUUUCAAGGAGACGGAAUUUAUAGCCGUUACAGCAUAUCAAAAUGAGAAGAUUACUCAAUUAAAAAUCGAUAACAAUCCCUUUGCGAAGGGCUUUCGUGAUACCGGCGCUGGCAAGCGGGAAAAGAAUUGUUACAGGCAAGCCCUCAUGUCCAAUCGCGGGUCCGAUUCGGACAAACUGAAUCCGACACAUGUCAGCAGCUCACGUGCGCCACUGCAUUUGGGACAUACCGGUCGGCCACCGCAUCACUUGCAUCCGCAUGCGGCGCUACACGACAAUCAGGCGGACGACGAGGACAAGCUGUUGGAUGUGGUCGGACCGCCGCAGAGCCCACUAUUGCCUUUGAGUCAUUCGUUGCAACAGAUGCAUGCGCAUCAGCAAUCCGCCCUUGCAGCCUGGUUCAACCAUUUGGCCGGUGCCGGCGAUCAUGCGAACGAAGAAGCUCUACGUCGUCGCCUACAAUCCGACGAUGUCGAACGUGAUGGCAGCGAUUCGAGCUGUUCGGAGAGUGUGGGCGGCAGCACGGGUGGCGCAUUCCGACCCACCUCCUCGGGCAGUCCGAAAGAAGGCGCUGCUGGUGGUUUAAAUGCAGCUGGCGCAUAUCCCUCACCGAACAUUUCGGUGGGCCCACCGAUACACCCGUCGCCGCAUCUGUUGCCUUACCUCUAUCCACAUGGCCUCUAUCCGCCACCGCAUCUGGGGCUGCUACACAAUCAGGCAGCUGCGGCCGCCGCCAUGAAUCCGGCCAGUCUCAAUCCGGGCUUGCUGUUCAAUGCGCAAUUGGCGCUCGCCGCACAACAUCCCGCCUUAUUCGGACACUACUCAGGACAUACGCCCGUCUCACCGCUGCAGGGACUCAAGGGACAUCGCUUCUCGCCAUACAGCUUGCCUGGCAGUUUGGGUUCUGCCUUUGAUGCUGUUACGCCUGGUUCGAAUGCGAAUCGCGGCGGCCCGUCAGGCGCUGGAGAUGCCUCCACACUGGGACCCGGUAGUAGCGGUCCCGGUAGCAGUAUAGAAAAUGGACCGCGCAGUUUGAGCUCCAGUCCACGUCCACGUGCCUCAUCCAACUCGCCGCCGACGCGUCCGAUUUCUAUGUCGCCAACGACGCCACCAUCACUGCUGAAGCGGCAGAAUUCACCCUCAGAGCUGAAGAGUAUCGAGAAAAUGGUCAACGGACUGGAAGUGCAACACAAUGGUAGUGGCAGCAGCGCUGGUGUAGGCAUGGGUAUUGGUAUUGGUGCGCUGGUUAGCGGCGCUUUAGAGGAGCUGCAACGCAAGACACCAACACAGGUGGAUCAGUGACAUUUGUUUGAUCGAGACGAUAACGACCGUUCGUCCGUCAUCGAUCUCGACGAUGUGUGACCGCAAGAGCAGGUUUUCCUGUUGCUUUAGUGGGCUUACAAAGGAGCCUACGCGCAUAUGAACGCGGUGGCAAUGCAGCUAACAAAAUGGCAGUCAAAAAACUGCACUGCGACAAAAAUAUGUCAAUUGCUUGUUAGGCUACUAGGCUAAGGCUAGAGUGUAGUGUCACAGUCUAAGCCUCUACCGCCAAUGCACAUUUACUUGUCUCUCAUAUGUAUAUAAUAAUAAGUACGUAUGUAAAUUUAGCUUAAGUAGUAUAACAAAUAAGCCUAAAAGCGUUUAUCUACUUGUUUAAAACUAUGUUCCACAUAUGAUCCAUACACAAAUGUUUACUAAAAAGAGUAUUUUCGUGCAGAAAUGCGGCAGUUAAAUAGAAGCAAUGUGACGGCAAGCUUAACAAUGUAUGCUUGUUUCGUAAAAGGUGGCGUAUAACGGUUUGUUUCGAAUUUUCAUCACAUACCAAUGCUGUACUGCAUGUGUUACGUGCGAUUUAGUUGUUACACUGAACGUUACAAGAAUAUCUAUUGAAUUCUGUGCACAUAUUAAAUUUUUUGCUUACGUUCCACAUAGCAUCCACACAAAUUUAACAUAUUUUUGCACGCAAAGACUUUAUUUUUUAAUACUUCUUUAAAACUUCGUUGAAAGCAACACAAAAAGUUAUGUUCCACAUAUAAUCCACAUACGUUCCACACUGUAUUUGUUGUUCUACAUUUGCUUUAAGCAUUUUUUAGCUGUUUCAAGUUAUGUUUUUGUUUAACUGGCGCGUCUGCCUACACCAGCAACUAUCUCUGCAAGUAUUGUAUCACACAUAUGUAGUUAAUUAUAUAGGUUUAGCAUUAUAUAACUAAAACAAUUUUGAUUUUUGUACACUUUUGCGUUUUAAAUUUAGUUAACUUUUUAAGUUCUCAAACCAAAGAGUUACUUUCAGUGUAAAAAAUAUAAUUUUUUCUAACAAAACCUAAAAAUACUACUAAAACUUAGUUCUUGCUACUUAGAAACUUGCAUAAAAAUAUAAUUGUGUUUAAUUUUGAAAAAAAAGUUAUGUUAUAACAUUUCUCUUAAUUGUUCCGCACGUGCACUGUGAAAAAUAUUUAAAAACACUUCUCUUUAGCCGCAAAUGUAAGUGACUUGCCCCCCAAAACCCCCAAAAAAUGCCUAGUAGCUUUAGGAGAGGGCGUGGCGUUCAACAUUACACGCUCAGAGUAUUAUAAUUUAACAUAGGACAUUGUAUAAAUGUGUAAUUUUUUCUGCAAAUAAUUUAAAAAAAAUUAAAAUAUAAAACUAAUAGGCGUAAAGGCUCGUAUUAUUUAGUUUAAAUUUUUUAAAUGGUAAUAAUUUGUUUUUGUAACAGUUCAAUAUGUUCCUCACUUACAUGUAAUAAUGUUUUUAAAUGAUUUUUUUAGUUAAAAAUGUUAAAUUAAGUUUUAAAAAUAUGUGAAAAAUAAACAACAACACUUUUUUCGCCGAAAAGUGCAACAAAUGAUUUAAAAAAUACACUGUAAAACAAAAUGGGAAAGCAAUAUUAAUUAUAGUUAAUUAAUGCACUGAAAUAUUAAUUAAAAAUUACACAUUUGUUUGUUUUGCGCUGUUAAGAAUUUCGGUGUGCAACAAAGCAUAAAAAUAUAAUAAAAAAAUUUAGUGUUGACAACCGAAAAAAAAUUAAAAUAGUUUAAAGUAAAAAAUGGCGAGAAAACCGCUUUUUAAAAUGAACACACUGUAAUUAACAAAAUAUAAAAAUAAAAAAAAAAAUAA